UGCUUUAUUGUCAAUUCUGCCAACAUGCACAGCACACACACACACACACACACACACACACACACACACACACACACGCAGAACUGAAAUUGCGUCAGGCGUACACGCAUACAGAUAACACUCACAAACACAAAUAAAGACAGAAGAAGGCCACCGAAGUGUCUCUGCCCUGAGCUCAUGGGGGGCAGAUGCCACACAAAGGCUCUUUGUUGCUCUCGUCCAAUCACGCUCACCGGAGGACAGCUCACGCGAAGAGGGCGGGUCUUGCGUUCUGGACGCGUUCGGUGCACGAUCGCCGGUGCAAACGGCGCGCUGAGGGACCGAGCCUUCGCCUCUUAGGGGUUAUUUAUGAGCUAGUGCGCGGCCGCUGGGUGGGAUCGGCUCAGCAGCGUCCCUGAUGUGAGUACAGCGGGAUUCAAGCAUGGAUACGCGGGCCACACCUGUGCGCCAGCUGCGUUACCUGCGGACCUGUUGGAGACCACCGGGCACAGACGCGCAGAGCUGGGCAUCCCGCAGCGCGGCGAUGGCGCUGUGACCACCGGGUUCGACAAAGACCUUAUGGGGCCCCUUGCGCAUCAUCGCGCCCGCCGGAUUAUCAAAGCUCGGAUUCAGAGCGGGUUCCGUUCAGACCGGAUUCGCGCCGACCCGCAGCGUGUGUGAGUGUGAUUUUCAGACAAAGAGCCGACGCGCAAACCGACGCGCUAUGGAUGCGGUUCAGCUGGAUGGGCUCGACCCGUCGCCGGCGGAGAACGGCAGCGUGUCGCAGUCCGAGCCGCACGCGCGUCUCUCGCAGGUGGACACCGUGGUUCUGCCGUUCCUCGGCGGCUUUGGGAGGUACCAGCGGCGCCUGGUGGCUCUAACGUGGAUCCCGGCGUUCCUCAUCUCGUUCAGCCAGUUCUCGGACCACUUUCUCCUCGGUCAACCGGAAAGAAAGUGCGUCCGUCCGGACCAGAACAGAACGAGCGCGGUUCGGGAGAUGUUCGAUCUGAUCGCGACCGGGAACGACGCCGCCGCCGCCGAGGGCAGCAACGUAACGGCGUGCAUGUGCUCCGAGUGGCGGUUCGAGCUGCAGUCGGGACUGCAGCAGAAUGUAGUCACCAAGUGGGCUCUGGUGUGUGACGGCGAGUGGAAGGUUCACAUCGCUAAGUUCUCUCUGCUGGUGGGCUCUAUCUUCGGGUAUCUGCUGAUGGGAGCGAUGGCAGACUGGUUGGGCCGGAUCCCGGUGCUGCUGGUGUCCGUGCUGUCCGUGCUGGUGUUCGGUUUGGCCGUGGCCUUCUCCGUGGAUAUGGCCAUGUUCAGCACGCUCCGCUUCUUCGAGGGCUUCUGUCUGGCGGCGAUCAGACUCUCGCUUUACGUCCUGAGGAUCGAGCUGUGUUUGCCCGCCUGGCGUUUCUCCAUGACCAUGAUCGCCAGUCUGAUCAUCGUGGGCGGUCAGCUGCUGAUGCCCGGCCUGGCGGCUCUGUGCCGUGAUUGGCAGAUCCUGCAGAUCGUCAUCAUCGCCCCGUUUGUGCUCAUGCUGCCCUACGUCUGGAUGUUUCCGGAGUCUCUGCGCUGGUUGUUGGUCACUCAGCAUUAUCAAAGAGCUAAGCGACAGAUGUACCGCAUCGCCCAUAGCAACAGCGUCGACACGGCAACCGACGCCAGCGUCAUCCUGUCAGAGCUGGAGGCUGAACUGCAGCAGAAGCCGAAGACGUUCUGCGUGACACAGCUGAGUGGAACCAGAAACCUGUGGAAGAACACCGUGGUUCUGUGUGUGAACUCGUUGACGGGUUACGGCAUCCAUCACUGUUUUGCUCGGAGUGUUCUGGAGGGCAGCGCGUCUCACCUGCAUUACUACGCUCUGGCAGCGAUCGCCGUCGUCUCCUGCAUGGUGCUGUUUCCGGUGGUGGGCGGCUUCGGACGGAGAGGAGGGCUGCUCACCUUCAUGAUCAUCACGGCCCUGGCCUCGCUGCUGCAGCUGGGUCUGCUCAACCUCAUCGGCAAGUACAGUCUGUGGCACGACCAAGCUCAGCGGGACUCGCUGAACCAGCGCUUCUCGUACGCGUUCUCCAUCAUCGGGAUGUUCUCGUCUCACGCGGUCAGCACGCUCAGCAUCUUCUACUGCGCAGAGAUCACGCCGACGGUCAUCAGGGGUGGAGGCGUGGGUCUGGUGCUAGCGAGCGCGGGCUUCGGGAUGCUAACGGCGCCGUUAAUGGAGCUCCACAAUCAGAAGGGUUUCUUCCUGCAUCACGUGAUCCUCACCUGCUGCACUCUGCUCUGCAUCAUUUGCAUACCGUUGCUCCCGGAAACCGCCGGCCAACCGCUGCCCGAGACUAUCGCCGAGGGGGAGGGGCUUCUGCGCCGGCCCAUCCUUCACGGGGAGCAGCACCACCUACUGGCCAGGACUGAGGUCAGGGAGUAUUCGCGCGUUCAGGACACGCCCCUUCACCAGGUCGUCAACCCCGGCAACGGCUCAGUGCCUAGCAACAGCACAGCCAAUGGCAUGAGGACAUCAUGACGCCGUUUGCCAACGAAGAGCGAUUGUCGAGAACGAGUUUCACUCAUUCGUUUGUUGUUUUUUUUAACUGCGAAACGCGGUAAAGUGUCAAACGCCUCAUUAACCAGCAUCGGUGAAAAAGUCCUACCAUUCUACGAACUGGGAAUGUUAUUUUAACUUGAUUUCGGCGAAAGGAGCUCUAUUUUUCGAACAGCCACUUACCGAACAACAAGUUUCACUGAUUUGAAUGUGUUUUUUUUGUAUGUUUGGUAAAUGUUUGGUAUUUAUUACGAGGACAAAAUGACGAUGACCGUAAGAACGGGCGAACUUCGUUCAUGUACGGAAGACCGUUUCCACCACAGUUCAAAGAAAAUGUUAAAAAGUAUUGCGACUUUGUCUCACGGUCGAGGCUUUUAGCUAAAAAUUCGGAGGAGGAAAUAAAAGCAAUUGCAAAAUUCGUUUUGAUUCUAAAAGUGAAAAUCGUAGGACAUAUAAGCGAAAAAAAGUCAAAAUCGCAAAAUACAAACUAGCAAUUACCGAAAAAAGGCAGGAUCGCCAAAUUUUAAGUCGCGAUUCGAAAACGUAAAGAAAUCACGGUAUGAAUUCAGAAUUGAGAAAAACUGUUCGAAUCGCAAGACGAAAAGUCACAACGCCGAAAAAACUCGAAAAAAGUCCGAACAGGAAGACAUAAACGUACAGUUGAGGGGGAAAAAGUCAGAAUCGCGAAUUGAAAAGUCGCAAGUCGGAAAAAAAACGAAAUCGUAAGAUAUAAACUCGCAAUUACGCAAACAAAGUUAGAAUCGCGAGGGAAUAAAAAACUGAAUCGUGGGAUUUAAUUGCGCGAUCCUGGGAGAAGUCAGAAUAGUAAGAUAUAAACAAUUAAUAAAAUUAAUGCAAUUAAUUAAAAAAAAAAAACCAGACGAAAAGUCGCAAUUACGAAAAAAGACAAAAUAGCAAGAUUUAAACUCGCAAUUAAGAAAAAACUCUUGAUUCAAAGUUGCAAUCCUGAGAAAAGUCAGAAUCAAAAGUAAAAAUGAGUUAAAAGUCGCGAUUGCCUUACUUUUUAACUAAAUAAAAAAAAUAAUUGCGAGAAAAGCUCAGCGUUUGUAAUGUCUGAAUUAUAAACUGUAAGAUAAAUGUCAUAAUAUGAGAAAAGUCGCAAUUACGAAAUAAUAUCAAGUAAAAAUUACGAGUUCAUGAAGUCGCAAUUACUUUUUAAAUUUUUUUUUUGAAUCCUGUGGCAGAUCCAGGCUUCCACGAUACACAAGCGUGCAAAGAUCUGCACAAACCGUUUAGCAAACAUUAAAUCUUCUCGUUCGCGGGAAUGUUUUUUUUUAUUUUUUAAGCGCAACAAAUGCCGACGGAGGAAGUUCGCCGUUCGUGUGCACCUCGAUAUGUUCAGGUUUUUUUAGUCUGUCUGUUUUGCACUAAAACUAAAAAAAACAAACAAACAAAAAAAAAUCAAUCAAGGGUCGGCCGGAUGAAUCUGAACCGAAUGUGUGUGAAAACACGACUGGACAGAUGAUGGCCGUGUGAAAAAAAAACUAAAUAAUAAAAAACAACAGCACAACUUAAUGGUCUGCUCUUAACCCUUGUGCGUCAAUUUAAAAAAAGUUACGUAGCAGUAAAAAAAAAAAACAUAUGCUAAUAUUUUUUUCCGCUUUCACUGGCAUAGAUCUGAUCUUAGUUGAUCAAAACGACCAAAAACUAAGCAAUUUUUAUUAUUUUAACCCUUUAAGUGUUUGAGUAACGACACUGACGUUUAAUAAAAAUUAAUUAUUUUCCAUAUACUAAGUGAAAAUGUCAGUGAUUUAGCAAAAAUGAAUUACUUUGUGCGGUGUCUAAAAGAUUAUAAAUAGAAUUCAAUUUCAUUUUUUUAGGCGGAAGCAGAAAAUCGGAUGGAAAAUCAUUUAAAGGACUUUUAAAAAAAAAAAAAAAAUAGUAAAAAUUGCCAACAGAGUGAAAGCCUAUUAAUAGAGAAUGCAUGAUUUUAUGCCUAAAUAGCAUUUUUCCGACGAGGUCCUGAGCGAAACUAUUUUUGUACCCGGUAUGAAAUAGAUUUACGAAAGAAAAUGAGGGCGAAGUACGAGCGAUUCCAGUAAAACGCACACACAUUUUGGACUGAAUUUGCACUGUUUGCAUUGAUACACACAAGAUAAAAAAAAAAAGAGAAGAAAAAGUCGAUUAAAAAGUCCCCAAGGACGUACAAGGGUUAACAUGCAAACAUUUAUGAAGUCAAUAAACACAGUUACAGGAAUAAAACCUGUCAAGAAAGUGUCACGGGACACAUUUCACAUCAAAAUUAAUUAAAAA